AUGGUCAAGUUUCUCGACAAAGAGGUUGGUCCUAUUGGAUUUGGCCUCAUGGGCUUCACUUGGCGCGCCAACCCUCCCCCAUUGGAGCAGGCUCUCGCCACAAUGAAGGCCGCCGUCGAAAAUGGCCUCACCAUGUGGAAUGGCGGCGAGUUCUACGGAACGCCCGAGUACAACUCCAUGACCAUCAUCAAGGCCUACUUCACCAAGUAUCCUGAAGACGCCGACAAGGUCUUCUUGGCAAUGAAAGGUGGCGUCAACCUGGAGGAGAUCAGGCCUGACGGAUCACCCGAAAACAUUCGCCGGUCACUGGAUAAUAUCUUGGCCCAGCUGGACGGCAAGAAGAAGGUGGACGCCUUCUGCUGUGCCAGGCGAGAUCCAAGCUACCCUCUAGACAUCACCUUUGGAGUGAUCCAGAGGGAGUACAUUGACACCGGAAAGAUUGGCGCCAUUAUGCUGUCAGAGUGCGGAGUCGACACCAUCAAGGAGGCCGUCAAGGUGGCCAAGAUUGUUGCCGCCGAGGUCGAGCUUAGUUUGUUUACACCAGACAUUCUCAAGAAUGGCAUCGCAGCUGCUCUCAAGGAGCAUGAUAUUCCCAUCAUUGCGUAUUCGCCCAUUGGAAAGGGAAUGCUCUCUGGCGAAUUCAAGAGCCAAGAGGACGUCAAGAAGCUGGGAAUGGUUGCCAACUUCCCACGCUUCCAGGGCGAAGGGUUCGAGCACAACCUGAAGCUCGUCCAGCAAGUCGAGGCCGUGGCCAGCGAUAAAGCCUGCACACCCGCUCAGCUGGCCAUCAACUGGGUGAGGAGCAUGAGUGCCGAUCCCGAGCUGCCUCUCGUGAUUCCCAUCCCCGGUGCCACGACGAUUGCGCGAGUAGAAGAAAACUCAAAGGUGGUCGAGCUCACCGAGGAGGAGAGGCAAAGCCUUACUGGCCUUGCAAAGAACUUUGAGACGGCCGGUGCUAGAUACCCUUCUCACGUACCGACCAACACCUAA